CUUUUCUUUCCCUUUUCCCACGGCUCUUCAUCGCUUUGAGAAGAACCUUCACAUCUGCUAAUCCAAGCCCUCUCUUUACCCAUCUCUUCGGCGCUCCAGCGAUCUCUCUCUUGAGGCAGAUUAUCACCGAUAUGAAUCCUAAAGAGGAGAAACAGGCGGCCACUUCUACUUCUGCCACUACCAACAGUUUGCAACAGGCGCGACACUUGUCCUGCACCAAAUGCUUUGAUGCUUUAUGGUUCUGCUAUUCUCCAUUUCACCAGAUGCAACAAUAUUACAGACACGGCGACUUUGAUACUUGUUUUAGCAAAUGGAAUGCACUUUUGGAUUGUUUUAGCCUGAAGACAAAAAGGUUAUCCGAAGUGCAGGAGAUUUUAGAAGCUAGAGAGAAAGAGAAAGCAAAGCAACAUAUCUGGACUUACCGGACGGUGGAGGAAGCGUCAGUGAACUGGUGGAUGAUGUAUGGUCACAUGUUCAAGCUUCCUCCAAAGUCUAAAACUGAUUCAUAAUUGCCAUUUGACCACAUUAAGUUUUUCGUAGUCACCUCAGAGGCAAUAGAUAUCUCAAGAAAUUUGAGUAUUCAUCCCAAAGUGAACAAUUGUUUAAUGGUGACAGUUUAUUAUAGAGUUUCCAUAUAAUUUACCAUUAGAUUUGGAUAUUGUAACCUAAUUGGCACUUUAUUUUUCCUGAAUCUUGGUUUCAUAUAUAUUCUUUUUGUUAUCUUCUUUAGAAUAA